GGAUAUAGGCCAAUGUGAGAUGUUUUCACGCGCUGUAUAGCAAACACCACAACAGAUAUUCCAGCAGAGUAAAAAGUAAAAUAUCCCAUUACAAAAGGCAAACGCAAUUUCUGAUACGACUACACGGAAUACAAUUACCUGAAAAGAUUAAAACUGUAACUGAUCGUUUCCGAAAAGCUCGGCAAGUUUGUUUUGCAAUAACUUCCAUCGUCGCUCAAAAGAUUAUUGCCACUAUCAUAUUAUUAUCAGCUUUAUGAGCAAAAGAAAGAAUUCGACAAAUCUAGACAGUCAAAAUGAACAUUUGAGUACAUCAAUUGAUUGGUAAUCAAAAUAAGGACCAUAACAAUAACAACAAAAUACCUAUGAAUCUGAGCACCUUUCUUCUUCAAUCACAUUUUUUCGUUUUUAUGAAACAAAAACCAGGAUAAUGUAUAUUAUGUGCUCAAGGAAAUAAAAUAACAAGUGAAAAGUGGAUUUAUGACAAUGAAUCUAACAAAUGAAGAUUGUUUUUCAGAAAAAGCAAUAAAUCUGCACAUUUCAAAUCCUUCCAUACAUUAUGAUAAAAGAAAAUAUCCAGGGAAAGUAAUUUCAGUAUUACUGAAUCAAUUCAAUGUCCAAUAAAUUGUCUACCUGAAUGGAAUCCCCGAAAAGUUAUCCCGCUACUGAUGGGACUAGAAUAAAUCAACAAGUAAAUUUAAACAAUUCAAAUUAUACUACUGAAUUCUUACGUAUAAUGAAUUCAUCCUAUCAGUGUGUUAAAAAAAUUGAAGAUAAUAAUAAUAAUAAUGUUGAAAUAAAAGAAAGUUUUUGGAGUAGUCCAGAAAUGAAAGUAUUGAAACUUCGUCUUGAAGAGCAUUUAAAUCGGAUUCAAGGUGUAAGUAGUGUAACAGCGACAAUGAUAAAGCCAACAGUAGGAGGAACAACAACAACGACAAUGGAUGACACCCAUGUACAUAAUUUAAAAACUGAAGAAAGUAAUCCAUCAGCAAUCAAUAAGUCUCCAUUGUUAUCAGUGCUUAAAAAUGAAUACUUUUCAACACAACCAUACACUACCAAUACACCUAAUUCUCUUUACUCAGGUAUAUAUGGUUGUAUUCGAUCAGAUACAACAAGUGCAUUUCGACCUGUUCAAAGCAGACAAAUUUCUACUGAAUACAAAAAUCUUAUACCUCCGACCAAUAUGACUACUACAAGCAGUAAUCGUAUAAUUGAAAGUUUACUCAACAGUAGAUCGAUUAACUCAUCUACUCCAAUACAACAACAAUCUCAACAACUUUGUACAUAUUCAUUACAAUCAACUAUUACUCAGUCGAAUAUAGUCCAUCCUAAAAUCAGUAGCAUGAAUAAAACUUGUCAAAAUUUGUCUACAUCGAUGCUGAGUAAAUAUGAAAUAAAUAACUCAGAGCAAUUACAUUAUCAGCACUUAUUUAACUCUUCAAUUGAACACUUGAACAAAACAGUAGCGCAAACUAAUCUUUCAAAUAUUUCUCAUACCUCAGGAAAUAACAUGAAUAGGGAUAAUAUUGAUGAGAAAUGUAUAUUCUCAACUUCACCAACAACAAUAAUCUCAUCAACAUCUACAAUAUAUCAAGAUAAAAAAUUACGCAAAUCACAUCCUAAUAAAAAGUGUCAAAAAUGUUCAUGUUUCAAUUGUCAAAUGGCGCGUAAUCUGAAAACAAACAACACUAAUAAUAAUAAUAAUAACAAAAAUGUCUUCAAUGGUUUCAAUAUCAAAAAACUUAAUGUAGAAAAUAGAAAUUCAAUGCAUAAAGUACAUAUAUGCGAUAUAUGUGGAAAAACUUAUAGUAAAACAAGUCAUUUAAAAGCUCAUUUAAGAUGGCAUAAUGAUGAAAGGCCAUUUCAGUGUAUAUAUGAAUUAUGUAAUAAAGCAUUUACUAGAUCAGAUGAAUUACAACGUCAUUUACGUACACAUACUGGUGAAAAACGUUUCUUAUGCAAUAUAUGCAAUAAACGCUUUAUGCGUAGUGAUCAUUUAAGUAAACAUCGUAAAACACAUGAAAUACACACAAGUAGUAUGUAAAAUACAAACAUAGCAAACUCAUAAAUUAGGUCUGAGUGUUUCGGACCAGCCUGUUUUCAUCAGUAUUGAAUGUAGGUUAUAAACACAUUUCCGCUGCCUAUUAAUUAGGAAGUACAUAAUAUAUUAACUGAAAUUUCACUAUCUUAUUUUAUACUUUCACAUUUCUUAUAUUAAUUAUUUUUUUAAAAAUUUUUCUGAAACCAAAUUGUCCACAGUCCACCUACUUUUUUACCAACAACAGUUCAGGGAAACUUGUUAUUUUUUUAGACUGUAUGUUAAAUUAAAACAAUAAAUAGGUUUUUCUGAUUUUCACAUGUUUCAUUUUCUAGUUUUUAAUUACAUUUAAGCAUUCCUGUAGCGAGAGCCUUGUUUAUUUAUUGAUAAAUGCAGAU